CUCUGUAUCCAUAUGGUGUGUAUGUGUGUAAAGUAUGAUGGUAUCAUCCAAUCUAUCUCAAUCCAAGAUGACGCCGAACCAGUCUCUCUGCCUGUCAUGUCCAGCAACUGACGUACGAGGCGGACUGCCCGGUUUCCCUCCACCUGUACUCUGUCCCAAUCAUCUCAUCCAUAUAAACGACCCCCCAGACCAAGACAUGACCAAGAGUAUAAACACUGUCAUCCCCUCCAUCUUCCCAUCAUUCUAGUCUCUUUCUCUUUCUUCCACCAUGUCCGAUCAGGAAAACAACAGUCGUCCUUCUAGUCCGACUCCGAACCCAACCCAGACAGAAGACGGUGCUCCCCCAACACCAAAGACAGAUACCCAGACACCAACAAAGAAGCCUCCAAAGCUAGGCAAGAAGAAGCAGCCUCAGCAGCAGUCUAAGCCUGAAGAAGAACAAGAACAACAGGAAGAAAACAAAGAGGAUCCUCCAAACAAAAACAACAACAACAACACCGAGGAAGACCCUCAACCCCAAGAAGAUACCAACAACGCCGACGCCAACGGUGAAGCCACAGAACAAGACCAAGACCAAGACCAAGACCAAGACCAAGACCAACAACAACAACAACAACAGCAAGAAAAAGAGCAACCCCGUCCCCGAAGAAGAAAACCUCAACGCUACCGCCCCGACUCAGAAACUGAAAGCAUCCCCCGCCCCGAAAUGGACAACAACAACGCCGCCAUGGAGAAGCCCCGCCGUCGCCGCCAGCGUCCCCAGAUGCAGCAGCAGCAACAACAAGACGGCGGCCCCCUCGGCGGCCUCGGCGGCGUGAACCAGGUCGGCGAUCUCGUGCAGAACACCGCAGGGAACGCGGUGAACGGUGUGACGGGGUCAGCGGGCAAGGCUGUCGGCGGGCUGCUGGGCGGGAAUAAAGAAGAGAAAGAUGAUGGGCGAGACGAGCAGUUGCGGCUACGGCUGGAUCUGAAUCUGGAUAUUGAGGUGCAGCUCAAGGCGAAGAUCCAUGGUGAUUUGACGUUGGGAUUAUUGAACUGAUUUCUUCUCUUCUUCUUCUUCGUUUCCUCUGGUUUGUUGCUGAUGCGAAAACUAGACUGUUAUGUUAUGAUGGUAUCAUGUCGUCUUGAAUUGAUUGAUUGCUUCGCUG